AUGUCGACAAGUCCGAUGAAUGUUGCUCUUACUAAACAACAACAAUCAAUAUUCACACAAUCUGUUCUCAAUUCAAAUGAAUUAUUGAAUAGUUAUAAACGAGAAACACUAUCAUCUGAAUUUGCUGUAUCUGAAACUGUAACUAUUGAACAAUUAGUUGGAUUUCGUGGUGAUAUACUUGAUGUUCAUAAUUGGACAAAAAAUAAUUUAAUUGAUUUUUUUCAUCAACAAGGGUAUAAAUAUGCAUCAACUCUAUUAAAUAAACAUCAUAUUAAUGGAAAUAAAUUAUAUGAACUUAAACGAGAACAAGUUUUUUGA